AUGGCACGAUGCAUUGAGGAAGGACAGCAGUACAAGCACCCAACCAGUGGAUCAUCAGUUCGACUCAUACCACCUGGUGCAUCAACGACCGACGACGGUGAAGACAACUGCUCUUCUCAUUUGCACGACGAUAUUAAUCAAGAACCAUCAACCUGCAACUGCUGUACAGUCUUUGCAGCCACGGUUACUGAUCCCCUAUCUUCUCUUCCGGUCCCUUCGCUCCUACACCGAUGUUUCACGGCUUGGAGAACUGGUACGGACUUUCCUCUACAAUGCUCCAUCCCUCUCGAUCCAGAGCUCGCCCGUAACUGGCUCAAGGCAGCCCAGAACUCUGAUGAGCACUGCGGGAAGCUUCGAACUCUAAUUGGCCGAGGUCUAUCCAAGUUCCGCAUCGAUGAGAAUGGCCUGCUGAGGAUUCGGGAUAAGUAUGUACUUCCCAAGAGAUAUGGUCGGUCCCUUGCCCAAUACGUCCAUCAUUCUUAUGGUCACUGUGGCGUGAAGCAGACUCUCAAGAUCAUCUGUCGUGACUUCUUCUGUCUCCGCAUCGCCGACACUGUGCAACGUGUUGUGGGUAAAUGCUACUGCCAGUAUGUACGUGCUCGACGUGGUCCUUUAUAA